UUUACAAAUAAAGUAGCACAAACAUCAGUAACCGGAACACACGCGACAAGCCAAAAUAACAAUCAUCUCUUGUUCAGAUAAAUUACUCAAUGUAAUUAUUUAUGUAGAAACAUUACUAGACAGGAUAGAUACCGUAUGAACAACUAACAGACUAAUUACUCAAACUAGUCUUUAGGAUUAACAAACUUGUGUCUAGCUAGCUUGUAAGCACUAAGCAGCGUUAACGGUCGUGAAGUUUUCUUUAAGGGGGCGAGCCCCAGAGCUACGGUGCUAUGUUUUCACGCAAAUGGCGGUUUGGCUGGGGCAGGUUCAGUGAGGUGGACCUCUUCGCGGACCGAUAUGAGACCAGCGCAGAGACUCUUUCCCAGGCCAUCAGAGCCGCAGCAUCUGAGGAGCCGGACGCAGACGGCAGCGUGCUGUUUGGCCAUCUGAGAGGCACCGUUGUGGGCCUCAGAUAUUACACAGGAGUGGUGAAUCGAGGGGAAAUGGUCGGUUUGGUGAGGGAGCCCCAGAAUCCAUACGACCCCAAUGCGGUGAUGGUCACCAACAUCAAUGGCAACCAAGUGGGUCACAUCAAGCGGGAGCUGGCAGCAGCUAUGGCCUAUGUCAUGGACAAUAAUUUGGCUAAAGUAGAGGGGGUGGUGCCCUCAAGGACGACAAACUCAUUCACUAUGCUGGUGAAUCUGUCUUUCUGGGGGAAAGAAGAGAAAAGGUCUGCUGUGAUUGAAAGCAUGGCCCGUCGCGGAUACAAACUGAACACCGGUGGACUCGGACUGACAGGUGCAAAUCAGAAAUCAAAUCUGAAUUACGGUCAAAGUGCUCAGGCAUUGGCAUCUAAAAAAGGUUUGACCAUCCCACUAACUGCAGAGGAGUUGAAAAAUGCAUUUGACAACCUUUUCGAAGGCUUGAUGGAGAGUAAAGAUGGAGAGAAAGAAGCUGCCAAGGCUGUGAGUACUCCUCUGCUGCCUCACCAGAAGCAGGCGCUGUCCUGGAUGUGUGCUCGGGAAAACAAAUCUGCACUGCCACCCUUCUGGGAGAAGAGAGGCGAGUUGUACUAUAACAGCCUGACAUGUUUUUCUGCCAAAGAAAUGCCAGAGAGAGUUUGUGGGGGAAUACUGGCAGAUGAUAUGGGACUGGGAAAAACUCUGACAACCAUCGCUCUGAUCCUCACCAACUUUCACGGAGGGAAGCCUCUACCCGUGGAGAAAUGUGAGUCUUCACCUGUCAAAGCCAAAAGUAAACAGCAGAAGACAUCCAGGCUGGAAGGAGGCUGCCGUGUAGGAGAUGGAACAGCAGCAGCUGGUUCUUCAUGCUCAGAACUUCCUCAGGUGGAGGUGGUCUCUGUUGAUCCACCAGACGGAGAGGAGGACGUGGACAAGUCAGCUCAAAGUUUAAGCAAAGGAAAAAUGAAAGCCACCAAGCGAAAGCCCAGUAAAGAGGCUCCAGUAUUGUUGGAGGAUCUGGACUUUGCAGCAGCACUGGGAGGCUCAGCAUCAGAAACAGCAACAAAGAAGAAGAAAGCUUCCAAGAAGGCUAAUCCAACACUCUGUGUGGAAUCGUCCAUUACUGAAAGUGCAGACGACUUGUCAGCUAGAACGACUCUCAUCGUUUCUCCGCUUUCUGUGCUCAGCAACUGGAUGGACCAGUUUGAGCAGCAUGUGCGUAAUAACGUGAAGCUAAACGUGUAUGUGUAUUACGGCUCAGAUCGCAACAGGAGCAAGAAGUUUCUGUCCUCUCAGGACGUGGUGAUCACCACCUACAACGUCCUCUCUGCUGACUUUGGGAAUAAGAGUCCCCUCCAUGGGAUCAAUUGGCUCAGGGUUGUGCUGGACGAAGGGCACAUCAUAAGAAACCCCAAUGCACAGAUGAGUAAGGCUGUCCUUGACCUUAAAGCUCAGCGGCGCUGGAUUUUGUCAGGUACUCCUGUCCAGAACAGUGUGAAGGACCUGUGGAUGCUGCUGGCCUUCCUUCGUCUGAAGCCGUUCAAUGUGAGAGAGUGGUGGAACAGAGUGAUCCAGAGACCCGUCAAUCAAGGAGACAGGGCCGGCCUGCAGAACCUUCAGACUUUGGUGAAGUGCAUCACCCUGCGGCGGACCAAGAGCAGUGAGGUGAAUGGGCGCCCCCUGGUGUCUCUGCCUGAGAAGACAGUGUGCGUGGAGCAGGUCGAACUGAGCCAGUCCGAGAGAGAGGAGUACGAGCUGGCGCGCGAUGAAGGAAAAAACACCAUCGGCAGAUACAUAACUGAAGGGACGGUCUUGAGGAAUUACGCUGAUGUGUUGGCCAUCCUGAUGAGGCUUCGACAGCACUGCUGCCACCCAGACCUGCUGGCAAAAGUGUCCUCCGACUUGGGUGCUGCAGGGACUCCUGCAGAGCUGCGGGAGCGUCUGAUAGAAAAGCUUCGGUGGGUGUUGGCCAGCGGCUCUGAUGAGGAGUGCUCCAUUUGUUUGGACUCGGUCCAUCUGCCCGUCAUUACACGCUGCGCCCACGUUUACUGCCGGCCCUGCAUCGCUCAGGUUAUCAGCAGCGAGCAGGAACGGGCACGCUGUCCUCUCUGUCGAAGUGAGAUCAAGACCGAUGAACUGGUGGAGUUUCCACAGGAAGAAAUGGAGGAAGAGAACGGUUCACAUUCUGGAAAGUGGAGGACAAGCUCGAAGGUGCAGGCGCUGAUGGGAAACCUGCUCAGGCUGCGAUUUGAAGACAGCAGCAUUAAGUGUUUGGUUGUCUCUCAGUUUACGCGCUUCCUCACCAUACUGGAGACUCCACUCAGAGAGCACGGUUUCAGUUUUGUGCGUUUUGACGGCACCUUGAGCCAAAAGAGGAGGACUGAAGUCCUCAAGGAGUUUCAGAGCUCUGCAGCUGACAGUCCUGCUAUCAUGCUUCUGUCACUCAAAGCUGGAGGUGUUGGGCUUAACCUGACCGCCGCCUCUCAUGUUUUCCUCAUGGACCCGGCAUGGAAUCCUGCUACUGAGGAGCAGUGUAUCGACCGCUGCCACCGUCUGGGACAGACAAGGAAAGUCGUUGUCACCAAGUUCAUUGUGAAGGAUUCAGUGGAGGAGAGGAUGGUGAAGAUCCAGAAGAAGAAGCAGGACCUGGUAGAGAAGGCUUUUGGCUCAGCUAACACUGAUAGGAAAACGUCUCGCAUUGAUGACAUCAAAGCUAUGAUGGAGCUCUAGAUCCCUGAUACUGGACCUGAACUGAACGGGAAACCACUGAGCUGUCUGAAGAGCUGACUGUGUUCACAGUGUGUUGAAGCGAAUUUUUUGCACACAUUGUGAAAGAUGUGAAAAACUAAUAUUUUUUAUAAUAGUUUAUCAUUGAUGUCCUUCAUUUUUUUAAAUCUCUGCUUCUGUUUAAUUAAUUUCUUGAUACUGAUUUAUUUACAGGAGGCAAUACAGUUGUGAUUGUAAAAAUAUCAAAGGUGUGCUAACCUUAUAGCAGCUGUCGAGUAUGUUGAGUGUUUAAAGAUUAAAGAAAAUACAGACUA